AUGAACAUUUUGGCCAUAACUCAGGACCCCUCAGAACCUCUCAGGGCUCCUCAGGACCCUCAGAACCUCUCAGGUUUACACCGGUUUAACCACUGCACACCAGUUUACACGAGUUUACAGUCGCUCAGAGUCCAGUCCUCCCAGUCUGACGGCGAAGUCUUGUUUCAGGGUCACAUGCCGACUCAUCAGCUGCUGAGGAAAUACGACCUCAUGCAGUUCGCCGACGUCACCAGAGCUGUGAGCGAGGGGAACCUGCUGCUGCUGAACGAGGCGCUGUCCAAACACGAGACCUUCUUCAUCCGCUGCGGGAUCUUCCUGAUCCUGGAGAAGCUCCGGAUCAUCACCUACAGGAACCUCUUCAAGAAAGUGUACCUCCUGCUGAGGACUCAUCAGCUGCCUCUGGACGCCUUCCUGGUGGCUCUGAAGAUGAUGCAGCUGGAGGACGUGGACAUCGACGAGGUGCAGUGUAUCCUCGCCAACCUCAUCUAUGUGGGUCACAUCAAAGGGUACAUCUCCCAUCAGCACCAGAAGCUGGUGGUCAGUAAACAGAACCCGUUCCCUCCUCUCUCUUCAGUCUCUUAGACUACGUUACCCACAAUCCCCUCUGGCUGCGACGCUCCGGGAAACAUUCAGAUCAUUCUCUUUAUUUUAUUUUGUACUGUAAAGAAAUGUUGAAUAAAACGGCUGCUGGUUU